AUGCCAAAAAACAGGUACCUCAAAAUAAAAAGUAUGCUGCACUUCAAUGACAACAGCAAGGUUCAAGAGAAUAAAGACGAUAGAGGGUUCAAAGUGCGCCCUCUAAUAGUCGCUCUGAAUAAGAAUUUCAGAAGAUGGGGCAUAUUUGACAAACACCUUGCAGUCGAUGAAAUGAUAGUCAAAUAUUAUGGUCACCACGGAUUGAAGCAGUUUAUCAGAGGGAAGCCGAUCCGUUUUGGAUACAAAUUUUGGGCACUGUGUGGGUCAAGUGGCUAUUGUUUCCACUUCAAUUUAUACUGUGGUAAGGAAGUAGCUCAGAAUGAGAGAGAUUAUUUUGCAUUAGGGUCCCGCGUUGUUCUAAAUAUGUUGGACCCUGUCCAAGAGCCCGCAAGUCACUGGGUGUUUUUCGACAAUCUCUUUACCAGCAGAGAUUUGCUUAUUCAUUUGAGAGAUGUUGGUUUUAGAGCUUCUGGUACACUGAGGCAGAACCGCCUGUGCAAAUGCCCUUUGAAAGAUUCCAAGGAAUUGUCUAAGGAGCCCAGGGGCACUUUUGAUUCUGCGUUUGAUUUAGAAGGAGAAGUUCUGUUCAUGAAGUGGAACGACAACAACUGUGUCGCUAUUGGGACAAAUUUUGACACUGUUUAUCUCCUAAGUCAUGCAUCACGUUGGAGCAGGACGUCAAGGCAGAAGGUUUCUGUUCCACAACCAAAUGCCAUCAAAUCAUACAACAAGUACAUGGGUGGAGUUGACCACAAUGAUUGGUUAGUGGGAAAGUACGUGGUGUCCAUUCGUGGUAAAAAGUGGUAUUGGUGUUUAUUCACAAGAAUGCUUGACAUGGCAAUUGUAAAUGCCUGGAUUGUGUACAGGAAGGUUUCUCAUUCUAGCAUGGACCUCCUUGAAUUCAGAAGAAAUGUUGCCAUUGCUUAUUUGAAAAGAAAAACUUCAAAGCAAGGGAGAGCAGCCAACACAUCCUCUUCAACAUCCAUCCCAGACAUUAGAUACGAUGGAAAAGAUCACUUUGUAUCAAGACGAGACAAACAAAGGAGAUACCAGGGAGAAAACUGCAAUGCAAAACCUCUCACCUUUUGUAAAAAAUGUGAAGUAACUUUGUGCAAGAACUGUUUCACCACUUAUCACACCAAGAAAUGA